AUGGAAGGGCGACGGGAGGGAAAGACAGACCACCACCGUAAGGCCUCGUCUCUGAGCCUAUUUUGUCUUGACUACUCUGGCCUGGUUGUAGAUGACGUGUCAGCAGACGGCAGUGCUGAUUACCCAGACCGGGCCUCCAUGAUGGAAGUGCGUCUGCAGGCGCAGGAGGAUGAGAUCACGCUGCUGAAGUCUUCUCUGGCGGAUGCCCUGCGGCGGAUUCGCAUCCACGACCAGCUCCUGCCGCUACUGAAGCAGCAGCUGAUAGCAGUGAACCCAUGUGCUGCUCGCGUGCUGAACCAGGUGUGUUGCUCGGAUGGUUUCACCAGCAGCGGGAAACUAUCCGCCAACUCGGCCGUUGAUGGGAGUCGCCAGCCUGCAACUCCUACCAGUCAACUGUCAGACAGCGUUGUGAACAGUACUAACGGCCACAUAGGAGGCCUAAUGUCCAGUCAAACAAGACCAACACAAGACAAGUCGACACAGACUGAGACGCACGAUGCUGGGCAGACUAAGGUCCCUUUCUCAAGACGAGCCCAGAGCCUGCAGCUUGAGGAUGCCCUCCCCCCAGGGGAGCCUGUACUUGACGGGACCAGAGUCAAACUCCAACGCAUCCCUGGCAUGGAGGAGGAGGAGGAGGAGGAGGAGGACCAGGACGAUGAUGAAGGAGUUGGGGAACAUGAAAUGGAACUAACUUGGACAUCUUCAGUCGAGGAGCCUAUUCAGCCAACCACCAUCAGAUCGCUUCAGAGAGAGGACUUCCAGGAUGGGGGCUGCUCUUCAGAUGAGCAAAGCACUGCGUCCGUGUUGGUCAAAAGCUCAGAGCAAAAUGCUAGCUCCCGUUCUGGGCCUCUGUCUCCCAUCCAGGAAGGAGAGAAGACACUGGUUCGUAGAAACAGUGAAAAACUGUGUAACCCGGAUAGGCAGAGGAAACGACUGGACAAGAAAGCAGCAUCUUCCGCCAACCUCCUCAACCGCUCCCCAAGCCUGGAGAACAGGGCUAAGGAGCUGAUUGCCAGUGCCGGAUCUCCUGGCUCGAGAAGAGGAACUUAUAGCCAAGGGCAGUCGAUCAAAAUGUUCAUCCGUGGGCGACCCAUAACCAUGUACAUACCCUCUAACAUCCAGAACUAUGAAGAUCUGAAAAUGGAGCCUCCUUCUGAGAGACUAGAGCUUGACUGGGUCUAUGGCUACCGGGGACGGGACUGCCGUGCAAAUUUGUACUUCCUUCCCACUGGCGAGGCGGUGUACUUCAUCGCCUGUGUUAUCGUGCUCUAUCAUAUCAACAAUCGCACACAGCGUCACUAUACCAAGCACACAGACUGUGUCCGCUGUCUCACACUUCAUCCUGAUAAAGUUCGGGUGGCAUCUGGUCAGACAGCAGGCGUUGAUAAGGAUGGCAAGUCUCUGCAACCAUGUGUUCACAUCUGGGACUCCAACACCUUGGUCACGUUACAGCAGAUUGGCCUUGGAACCUUCCAGAGGGGAGUGGGAUCAGUGGCAUUUUCCGUUGCUGACUCUGGACUGUUUCUGUGUGUUAUUGAUGACUCCAAUGAGCACAUGUUGUCAGUAUGGGACUGCACAAAGGAAACAAAGUAUGCAGAGGUUAAGAGUACCAAUGAGGCUGUGCUUGCUGUGGAAUUUAACCCUAAAGAUAGCAACAGCAUCAUUACCUGUGGGAAAUCCCAUGUCUACUUCUGGACACUCACUGCAGGACAGUUUACCAAGAAACAAGGAAUCUUUGGGAAAUACAAGAAGCCAAAGUUCAUCCAGUGCUUUGUGUUCAGCCUGACUGGAGAUGUUCUAACAGGAGACUCAGAGGGGAACAUUCUCACAUGGGGAAAGUCAGCUGCAGAUGUCAAAACUCUCGGUAAAGGAGCCAAAGAAACCUACCAGAUCAUGCAAGUCACCAAAGCACAUGAAGGUAGCGUCUUCACACUGUGCACCUUGCCUGGUGGCGCUCUGCUGAGCGGAGGAGGAAAGGAUCGCAAGAUCAUCCGCUGGAGCGCGGACCUGGCUCCUGAGAAAGAGUGUGAGAUUCCAGAGAAGUUUGGGGCUGUCCGCACCAUUGCAAAUUUGGAUGACGAAGAGCUUUUGGUUGGCACAACCCGAAAUGCUAUUCUCAGGGGAACCUUCUCAGAUGGGUUUGUGCCCAUCGUGCAGGGGCAUGUUGAUGAGAUGUGGGGCCUAGCAACUCACCCCUCGAAAAAUAUUUUCCUCAGCUGUGGUCAUGACAGGCAGGUGUGUUUGUGGAACACGGAGGAACACAAGCUGGGCUGGUGUAUCAUCUUGGAGGAGUAUGGGUUGUGCGCUGACUUCUGCCCGAACGGAUCGGUCAUCUCAAUCGGUCUCAACACAGGAAGGUGGGUGGUUCUUGACUUGGUGACCACCGAGAUGAUUUCUGAAUCCACUGAUGGGAAUGAGCAGCUGUCUGUCAUGAGAUAUUCACCAGAUGGAAGUUUCCUGGCUGUUGGAUCUCACGACAACUUUAUCUACAUCUACAAUGUGACAGAGAAUGGCCGUCGCUACACCCGCUUCGGGAAGUGUAAUGGACACUCCAGUUUCAUAACUCACCUUGACUGGUCCAAGGAUGGAAAGUACAUCAUGUCUAAUUCAGGCGACUAUGAGAUCCUUUACUGGGACAUUGCAGCAGGAUGUAAGCUACUGAGGAACCGCUUUGAGAGCAGAGACAGAGAAUGGGCCUCUUAUACUUGCGUGCUGGGUUUCCAUGUCAUGGGCGUGUGGUUGGAGGGCUCUGACGGCACAGACAUUAACGCGCUGUGUCGCUCUCAUAGUGAGAGGGUUGUGGCUGUGGCUGAUGACUUCUGCAAGGUCCACCUCUUCCAGUACCCCUGUCCAAAGCUCAAGGCACCAAGCCACAAAUACGAGGGCCAUGGCAGCCACGUCACCAACGUCUGCUUCACCCACAGUGACUCUCACCUACUCUCAAUGGGCGGUAAGGACACCUGCAUCCUUCAGUGGAGGGUGAUCGGAAGCGGAGACAACGUCGAGAGACUGACCUCAGCUUCGUCCACUACUGCCAGCUCUCCAGAACCUACUUCAAGCUAGUCGGGGCUGGUAUCGGUGAUUUAAAAAAAAAAGAUGGAGGUGUAUUCCCUCUGGGCCACGAAGGAGCAUGUCAAUCAUCGGCUUUGCUUGGCCUCUACUGUGCCACAGCUGUCCGUUUUAUUUAGACCAUAAAGGAAUCCGCUGUAGGGGGAAAUAUUCGUAUUAAUGCUACACUUACAUCAUGUUAAUCUCUGUGAAGCGGAACGGUGUGAAAUUUCGAUAUAACACAGAAUUCUCCGGCAUAUAUGGUUAGGACCACUGGAAGCAGACCAUUGGUGGUACAGAUCCCAACUGUUGUCGGAACUUUGGUUUUCUGUGAACAUGGCUUCAUUUUUAGUCUACCUUGUUUACCAAUUUCCCCCAUGUUUUUCCAUUGUGGCUUUAACCACAGUGCCUAUAGAGAUAUUCUUACAUAUUAUUUUACAUCUUAAACAGUGUUUAGUUGAAAUCUAAGUUGGAUUGAGGGUGCUUUUAUCCUGAUUAUGUAAAACUGUGACAAGCCUGUUGGAUUUAAAUCAACUCUUCAUCUUACUAAUUCAGUUUUCUGAAAAUACUCAUGUACACUUUGAAAUAUCAAUUUGGUACAGUUUUGUAUAUAUUUAAUGGACUGUUGGCAAUGUAUUGAUUUUGCAUUGAUCAAGAUCUUAAUAAAUGAGGACUUGAAGGUGUGUUGUGUUUGCAGUGUCUCUAGGGGACAGUGCUGCCUCAUUCAAGAGAUGCCACAACUAAAUUCUAAUAUCUGGACAAACAG